AGGCGGCGGCGGCGGGGGGCGGGGAGCCGAGCACGGGCGGGAGGCGGCGGCGAGCCACAGCGCCGAGGCUCCAGCGAGCGCCGAGGAGCGGGAGGAGGAGGAGGAGGCAGGAGCGCAGAGCGCCGAGCCCCGCGCCGCCGCCGCGCAAUCCGCCGCCAUCCGCCGCCCCCGCGCCCGGCCGCCGCCCGACCGCCAUCGCCCGGGCCCGUCGCGCGCGGACGCAGACCAGGCAAAUCGGGAGCGGUGCCGAGAAAAAUUUCCUUACUAGAUGACAUUUCAUCGCAAUGUCCGAUCGUUUGGGGCAAAUAACCCAGGGCAAGGAUGGGAAAAGCAAGUACUCGACUCUCAGCCUGUUUGACAAGUAUAAAGGGAGGUCAGUAGGCGCAGUCAGAUCCUCAGUUAUUCCUAGACAUGGCUUACAGAGUCUCGGGAAAGUUGCCACAGCCCGGCGUAUGCCACCGCCUGCAAACCUGCCAAGCCUGAAGUCUGAAAACAAAGGAAACGACCCCAACAUCGUGAUAGUUCCCAAGGACGGGACAGGAUGGGCCAACAAGCAGGACCAGCAAGACCCAAAGAGUUCCAGUGUGACAGCCUCUCAGCUGCCGGAGUCGCAGCCGCAGCCGGGUUUGCAGAAAUCUGUCUCCAACUUGCAGAAACCGACACAGUCUAUCAGUCAGGAGAACACAAGUUCAGUGCCAGGUGGACCAAAGUCAUGGGCACAGCUGAGUGGAAAGCCAGUCGGACACGAAGGUGGUUUAAGGGGCUCAAGCCGACUGUUAUCCUUCUCUCCCGAGGAAUUUCCGACGCUGAAAGCAGCUGGCGGGCAGGACAAGGCUGGCAAAGAAAAGGGCGCCUUAGAUCUGUCGUAUGGGCCAGGACCAAGCCUCCGCCCUCAGAAUGUGUCAAGCUGGAGGGAGGGCGGUGGGCGAAACAUCAUCUCUGCCGUGUCUCUGAGUGCCUCCCCAACAGAGCUGGGCAGCAGAAACUCCAGUGGGGGAGAUGGAGCCUCCUCCUCGGCAUGCACCAGCGAUUCUAAGGACCCCUCUCUCCGCCCGGCUCAGCCCAGCCGCAAAGGGGCGUCACAGUUCAUGGGACAUGUUUACCAGCCGCCCACAUACCAUGACAUGCUUCCAGCUUUUAUGUGUUCACCACAGUCAUCCGAGAACCAGAAUACGGUGGAACGAAGCUCAUUCCCCCUUCCUCAGCUCCGCCUGGAACCCCGUGUUCCUUUCAGACAGUUCCAGAUGAAUGACCAAGAUGGGAAAGAAAGACCAGGCGUGGCAAGGCCUGUGCGCCCACUCAGGCAGCUGGUGGAGCGGGCACCACGGCCCACCAUCAUCAACGCAGAAAAUCUGAAGGGCCUGGAUGAUCUGGACACCGACGCAGAUGAUGGCUGGGCAGGCCUCCACGAGGAAGUGGACUAUUCUGAGAAACUCAAGUUCAGUGACGAUGAGGAUGAGGAGGACGUCGUGAAAGAUGGCCGGUCAAAGUGGAACAAUUGGGACCCCAGGCGUCAGAGAGCAUUGUCGCUGAGCUCUGCAGACAGCACCGAUGCCAAGCGCACUCAGGAGGAAGGAAAAGACUGGAGUGGAACAGCAGGUGUGUCCCGUGUCGUCCGAAAGGUGCCAGAGCCUCAGCCUCCUUCCAGGAAGCUUCACAGCUGGGCCUCAGGCCCCGACUACCAGAAGCCCACAAUGGGCAGCAUGUUCCGCCCACAGUCCAUCGAGGACAAGGAGGACAAGCCACCCCCACGGCAGAAGUUCAUCCAGUCAGAGAUGUCCGAGGCCGUGGAACGAGCCCGAAAGCGCAGGGAAGAAGAGGAGCGCCGGGCCCGGGAGGAAAGGCUAGCUGCCUGUGCUGCCAAACUCAAGCAGCUAGACCAGAAGUGCAGGCAGGCUCAGAAGGCCAGUGAGACACCGAAACCAGUGGAAAAGGAGGUCCCCCGAUCCCCGGGCAUUGAGAAGCUCUCCCCACCAGAGAACGGCCCUGUUGUCCGUAAAGGCUCCCCAGAAUUCCCUGUGCAAGAAGCACCCACCAUGUUCUUGGAAGAGACACCUGCAACGUCCCCAACAGUGGCUCAGAGCAACAACAGCAGCAGCAGCAGCAGUAGCAGCAUCGAGGAGGAAGUCCGGGAGGCUGGGUCCCCUGCACAGGAGUUCAGCAAGUACCAGAAGUCCCUUCCUCCCCGUUUCCAGCGCCAGCAACAGCAGCAGCAGCAGCAGCAACAACAACAGCAGCAGCAGCAGCAACAGCAACAGCAGCAACAGCAGGAGCAGCUGUACAAGAUGCAACACUGGCAGCCGGUGUACCCCCCACCUUCUCACCCCCAGCGUACCUUCUACCCACACCACCCCCAGAUGCUGGGCUUUGACCCACGGUGGAUGAUGAUGCCCUCCUACAUGGACCCGCGCAUCACCCCGACGCGCACACCCGUGGACUUCUACCCCUCAGCCCUGCAUCCUUCAGGACUGAUGAAACCCAUGAUGCCCCAAGAGUCCCUCAGUGGGACUGGCUGUCGCUCUGAAGAUCAAAACUGUGUGCCCUCACUCCAAGAACGAAAAGUGACCGCCAUCGACCCGGCUCCUGUGUGGAGCCCAGAGGGCUACAUGGCACUGCAGAACAAGGGCUACUCACUGUCCCACCCGAAGUCUGCCGACACUCUGGCCAUGGGCAUGCACGUCAGGAAUGAAAGGUCUUACUGUGCCUCCCCCGGAAGGUCAGGGGGCAUAAGUGCCCAGCGCGAUCUCUUUGAGGAGAGAGGGGAGGAGUUCUUGAGUGCUUUUGACAAGAAGGCCCAAGCAGACUUUGACAGCUGUAUCUCUUCUCAAAGAAUAGGCCAGGAGCUUUUAUUUCCACCCCAGGAAAAUGUUCAGGAGGUGGGUGCUCCUGGGGGUUGUACCCCAAACCUCAGGUGUUCCCCAUUGGAGCCUGACUUUGUCCCGGCUGAGAAAAAGCCAGAGUGUGGCAGCUGGGAUGUUGGCCACCAGCCAAAGGCUGCCGACAUGGCCAACAGUGUCGAGCUGGAGGCGCCCCGGCAGGAGCCUUCCUUUCAUGUUUCCUCUUGGGAGAAGGAAGGGAGCCCCAAGAAACAGCCAAACCCAGAGCCCGAGUGGACACCCGAGCCCCGGAGCUCCAGCGGCCAGCAGCAGGAGCAGCCCGGCAGGACCCGGAGGUCAGGGCCCAUCAAGAAACCUGUUCUCAAGGCCCUGAAGGUGGAAGAAAAGGAGAAAGCCCUGGAGAGAGUCAGGCAGGGCCUUGGAGAGGAGAGCUCACAGAGGGCCACAGAGAAAGAACCCCCGUGCAGGGCGGAAGAGGACGAGGAUGAGGAGAACAACCCUGCCCUAGCCAACGCCUCCUCGGCCCUGGAGGAUAAGGCUGCUGCCCGGGGUGGGUUUGGCCAUGAGGCUAGCAAGCUGGAUGAAGAAGCAAAGACUGACAAGACCUGGGAGAGCAGGCCCUCAAGGGAGGCCAGUGAGAUUCCGCCACCCAAGAGAAACAACUGGAUCUUCAUUGAUGAGGAGCAGGCCUUUGGGGGCCGGGCCCAGGCCCGUAGCCGUGGCCGUGGUUUCAGAGAGUUCACCUUCCGGGGCGGCCGGCCUACAAGCAGCAGUACAAGUGGUCUUUGUGGCACAGGCGUCCUCGGGUCUCGUGGCAUGUACAGUGGUGGCCAGCGCAGUAACCGAGGCAGGGGCCUGCGUGACUUCCCCCCACCAGAAGACUGCCCCAGAGCCAAGCCAAGACGGCGCAUUGCCAGCGAGACCCACAGCGAGGGCUCCGAGUACGAAGAGCUACCCAAGAGGCGCCGGCAGCGGGGCUCAGAGCCCAGCCACGAGGGCAUGCUCACAGAGAGGGACGAGGGCGCCCUGAAGGACUCAUGGCGCUCCAACAGGACUUACACAGAGGACCAGGGUAGUCUAGACGCCCGCAGCCGGGGACCCCGGACAUGCGGGAGAGCCCUCCCACCUCGCCUGAGCAACUGCAGCUAUGGCCGCAGAACCUUUGUUGCCAAAGAACCUCCCCACUGGCAGAGCAGGAGCCCAGGCAACUCCUGGCAGGAAUAUGGCUCCUCUGACCCGUGUGGCCCACGGCGAGCCACUGACAGAGACUACAUACCAGACUCCUACCGACACUCUGACACAUUUGGCAGCAGGCUUUUUGAGGACAGCCGCACGGAGGACAAGAAGUCCUUUUUCCAAGAUGACCACGGGGCAGAUUCUGAAGGUGCAGAAAACAGGCCCUUCCGUCGGAGGCGGCCACCACGUCAAGACAAGCCCCCUCGCUUCCGGCGCCUCCGUCAAGAGCGAGAGUCCCUAGGCCUGUGGGGACCUGAAGAAGAGUCCCAUCUGCUGGCAAGCCAGUGGCCAGGCCGGUCCAAACUCUGUCCUGGGGACAAGAGUGGUCCUGGAGGUCACAGAUCCCCAGAGCUUUCCUACCAGAAUUCUUCUGAUCACGCCAAUGAAGAGUGGGAGACCGCCUCCGAGAGUAGCGACUUCAGCGAGCGUAGGGAGCGGCGAGAAGGCCUCGCAGCUGAACCUGAAGCACAAGGGGAUGGUGGCCUCUCUGGGGCCAGUCUGGGUGAAAAGAAAGAGCUGGCCAAGAGGAGCUUCUCCAGCCAGAGGCCCCUGGCUGACAGACAGAGCCGCAAGCUGGAGCCGGGAGGGUUUGGGGAGAAGCCUGUUAGGCCAGGUGGGGGUGAGACUUCCCCCCGCUGCGAGAGCCAGCAGAGUGGGACGCCUCUGAAAGUCAAAAGGUCUCCAGAUGAGGCCUUGCCUGGAGGCCUUGGAAGCCAUUCACCCUAUGCCUUGGAGAGGACCACUCAUGGCAGCUCUGACGGUUCUGAAACUACCAGUAAGAAAACAGAGAAAGAGGUUUCUUUGGCUGCCCAGAGGGCUGGUGAGCAGGAAGAGGCCCGGAAGCAGUUUGACCUGGGCUAUGGAAAUGCUAUCAUUGACAACUGUGGUUCCAGCCCUGGGGAAGAGAAUGAAGUAGGCUCCAUGGUGGGCGAAGGCUUCAUCGAAGUCCUGACCAAGAAGCAGCGCCGCCUGCUGGAGGAGGAGAGAAGGAAAAAAGAACAGGCUGCUCAGGUCAAAGGUCGAGGCCUUUCCUCACGGAUUCCUCCUCGCUUUGCUAAAAAGCAGAAUGGCCUGUGUCUGGAGCAAGGAGACGUGGCCGUGCCUGGCAGCAGCCUGGGCACUGAGAUCUGGGAGAGCAGCAGCCAAGCCCUCCCUGUGCAGGGCGCCGCCAGCGACUCUUGGAGGACAGCUGUCACUGCCUUCAGCAGUGCUGAGCCUGGCACCUCAGAGCAGGGUUUUAAGAGCAGCCAGGGAGAUAGUGGUGUUGACUUGAGCGCGGAGUCUCGGGAGUCGUCUGCGACCUCCUCACAGCGCAGUUCCCCUUAUGGUACUCUCAAGCCAGAUGAGAUGAGUGGGCCUGGCCUGGCGGAAUCCAAGGCCGACAGCCACAAGGACCAAGCUCAGAAGCAGUCUGAGCACAAGGACUCAGAACAAGGCUCUGGACAGAGCAAGGAACACAGACCAGGACCCAUCGGCAAUGAGCGGUCUCUGAAAAACAGAAAGGGCUCGGAAGGGGCCGAGCGGCUACAAGGGGCCGUCGUCCCGCCUGUUAAUGGGGUAGAGAUUCAUGUGGACUCCGUGCUGCCUGUGCCGCCCAUCGAGUUUGGAGUCAGUCCAAAAGACUCUGAUUUCAGCCUGCCACCUGGGUCUGUUUCUGGUCCCGUGGGGAAUCCAGUCGCCAAGCUUCAGGAUGUCUUGGCUAGUAAUGCAGGACUGACACAGAGUAUUCCCAUCCUUCGGCGGGAUCACCACAUCCAGAGAGCCAUCGGCCUCUCCCCCAUGUCUUUCCCCACUGCAGACCUCACGCUGAAGAUGGAGUCUGCACGCAAGGCUUGGGAAAACUCCCCCAGUUUGCCGGAGCAGAAUUCUCCAGGCGGUGCAGGCUCGGGCAUCCAGCCUCCAUCCUCUGUGGGCGCCUCCAACGGGGUCAACUACAGCUCCUUUGGUGGCGUGUCAAUACCGCCCAUGCCCGUGGCUUCUGUAGCGCCUUCUGCUUCGAUGCCAGGCAGCCACCUCCCACCUCUGUACUUGGAUGGCCACGUUUUUGCAAGUCAGCCCCGACUGGUUCCUCAGACGAUACCUCAGCAACAGAGUUACCAGCAGGCCGCCACUGCCCAGCAGAUCCCGAUAUCCCUUCACACGUCUCUGCAGGCACAGGCGCAGCUUGGGCUGAGGGGUGGACUUCCCGCCUCCCAGUCCCAGGAGAUCUUCAGCUCCCUGCAGCCUUUCAGGUCUCAGGUGUACAUGCACCCCAGCCUGUCACCACCCAGCACUAUGAUCCUCUCUGGGGGCACGGCCUUGAAACCCCCAUACUCUGCAUUUCCCGGCAUACAGCCCUUGGAGAUGGUGAAGCCACAAUCUGGCUCACCCUACCAGCCCAUGAGUGGAAACCAGGCCCUGGUCUAUGAGGGCCAACUCGGCCAGGCUGCUGGGCUGGGUGCCUCCCAGAUGCUGGACUCCCAGCUCCCACAGCUAACUAUGCCACUGCCUCGGUAUGGCUCCGGGCAGCAGCCACUGAUCCUGCCACAGUCCAUUCAGCUGCCUCCAGGACAGAGUCUCUCCGUUGGAGCCCCCCGGAGGAUUCCUCCACCUGGCUCCCAACCACCAGUCCUGAACACCAGCAGAGAGUCCACUCAGAUGGAGUUGAAAGGCUUCCACUUUGCCGACAAUAAACAGAAUGUUUCUACCGGAGGCUCCGCACCAUCCCCGCAGGCCUACAGGCCUAGCUCUGCUAGCCCCAGUGGGAAGCCCUCUGGAUCAGCAGUUAACAUGGGCUCUGUGCAGGGACACUACGUUCAACAGGCCAAGCGAGUGGAUGAAAAGCCCAGUCUGGGAACCGUGAAGCUGCAGGAGGCCUCUUCAGCCACCUCCCAGAUGAAGCGAACUGGAGCAAUCAAGCCACGGGCAGUCAAGGUGGAGGGGAGUAAAGCCUGAAGGUGCCUGGCAUCUCUUGCCUCACCCUAACAGGGAUGGUGCACCACACCAGCUUGGACAGCCACCACCUGGGACUUGCCAGAUCCACCGUCCCACUGUCCUACCACCUGGCCUGGACAGAGCUCUCUUCCACUCCCGAAAGCUCCUGAAAGUUCCAUCGUCAGCCAUCCCACAUCGUGGAUAUAUGGCAUUGACCUGCUUGCUUUGGUACAAAAGAGCAGACUCCCUCCUUCCCGCCCCUCUGCCCGGUGACUGUGGAGUGAGCCUCAGUGCAGUGCAGACCUGCCUGCCCGCCCCGUUCCCUAGGCACAGUGGUUUGGCAGCAGGGUCAUUUUAGCUGGAGGCUUUUUUGUUUUAAAAAGCAGCUAAGGUUUUUACAAAGGGGAAAUGAGAACAAAAUGCUAGCUACGUCUGUAUAGCUGAACUUUUAUACAGUCCUCGCUGUCCUCUCUGCUCUGCUGUCCCCAGUGGUCGCCUUUUAUCUCUGUCCUGUUUGACAUGUCACAGCGCUACCUUAAGAGGUGAUUCUUAAGAGUCACAGUCUCUCUCUCUCUCUCUCUCUCUCUCUCUCUCUCUCACACACACACACACACACACACACACACACACACACACACACACACACAGGUUGGCUAAUCUUUGGGGUUUGGAGGACAUGAAUGGACACUCUGGUUGGCCCCUAACCAUCUUGGGCACUGUGAAGUUGGUAUCUGAGUUUAGCUCCAGCCGCUGGCAUGGAGUUAAUGUUCCAGAAUAAGAAUGAUCUGUUCUGGGCCCUUCUGCUGUCGUGGGGCACACUGAGUACUGCACACCAGAGGAAUGUUGGAGUUAGUCACCAUUUUGUAAUCCAGAUUGGCCCCACUCGGGGACUGUGAGCUAAGGCUCCGUGCUUUAGCCCCUUGGGUGGCUUUGUUCCCCACUCACUUCCUUUCCUCUUUGUGCAGCCUGCUGUGUCCGUCUGGAUCCCUGUCCAUCCAUCCACCCCUCAUGGCUUAUCACCAGAAUCAAUAUAAGGACACAGGUAGACACCCAUUAACCAAGUUUGCCACAGGAAAGACUGUGGCGCUCAUCUUGUGUCCUUCACCCGUGGCAGCAGGGCAGGCUGUUGGGGGUAGGGUUGCCAAGCAACAAGUGUGUUACCCUUCCUUAGAGAACUGGGCGGGGUCAAGGUAUAAGAGGGCCUGCAGAGAAGCCUAUACAGCCUCCCUCAGAGGGUGGCGUCUUCCACUGCUGCUGUUUGUGUGAGCUCCUGUGUGCGAAGCUUCUUGCUUCCACUAAGAACGAGGAAGUUUCCCCGUUGCUCAAAGGAGAAUGAAGGGGGAUUUCAGGGUGCUCAGCUGCUGUCUGGGAUCCCCAUUUAAUCAUCCGCCUGGGGAUGCUGAAGACUGACUGCUUCAAAGAGCUCACAGUUGGACAAGGGCUGGGACAAAUGUGUGGGUCUGUCCUCAAGUGUCACCAGGGGCAUGAGAGCAGAAAUGCAGCUUAGGAGCUCUGAAGUGGCUUCGCCCUGUCUAGUUGGUUGCUGGAAGGAAGCACAAGUCUCCCCAGCAUUACCAGACAGGGCAGCCUUAGUGCAGAGUUCCAUUGCAACUGCAGCAGUCCGCUCCUUCCUUCUCGCCUCUGCUCUCCGACCUUUGUCCACUCUCUGUCCCAUCUCUUCUCUUGCAUCCCUCCUCAAAAGCACUCCACUUAGGAGUCGCUGGCACAGAUCUGCCUGUGCCCCUACUGCUCUCCCCUGUAAGUGUCUGGUUACUGUCCCAGUGAUUGAGUCCUCUGCCCCACUGCCAAGCUCUACCCUGUAAGACUCAGUAAAAGCCACACAGUCACCUCUACCUGUCCUCCUUAGAAAUGCGGCCAGACCCACCUCACCUAAUGCUUGGUGGGCAUGUGUCAAAAGAAGCAAACAUUUUCUCCUUCAGAAUUUUCACAGGAUGCUGUUACAAACUCAAAGUGUGCCCUUUAGGUGAGCCUGCUGUCAGAAUGGCAGUACUCCCUGUUAAGAAAAAUUAGGAGGUCACCUGUUUUCAGUCCUUUCUCACCCUGUAUUUCCCUCCUGCCUCCCACCCUAAAUAAAAACAAGAAACACUAGAAUUUAUUUAUAUGUAUUGAUGUUGUAGGUCUAGAUGGAAAAAAAAGUAAAUGUCCCACUGCUCUGUUUAUAUAAUGUCUGAAUUACUCUGCAGGGAAGGCCAGGAAAUUGCAUGUGAAAUUUGGUGUGCUCAUCACCUCUGUGGUCUCGGCUGUGGGCCCCUCCCCUCUGAGAGGCACAUUUGCAACUAGACUCUGGGGACAGAGGGCAGGCUUCAGGCCAAAGGUCCCUGCCCUCAGAUGAUCUGGUUAAGCCAAGGUUUUAGUACAGAGGUUUUAAGGUGCAAUAUCUAUCUCUUCAUGUGGUUGUUAGAGUCAAGCUCAAAGUGUAAUAGGACUUGGGCCUUAUUUUGGUUUCAAACCCCCAUCUUCAGAUCACACAUAAAAACAGGAACGUCUGUCAAGGUGCCAUGGCCUUUGGUGGGAACAGAUAAAGCCCAGUCCCUGCCUUUUCUACUGCUGAGAUGGGUGGAGGUGGGCAGAAUCCUUUACUCCUGUCUGCUGAAGCCACCUCCUCCUGCCAGUGGCUUCACUGGUGCCACUGACGGUGAAAUCCAUGGUUUGGCAACCAGGACUCUUCAGUCUGUUGGUCCUGAUGCAGCGUGUAGCAUCUGUUGGUGAUGACUUCCGCCAGCUGUAUUUAGUCUGGUCUCUCAGCAGUUGCUUUCCUUGUCUUAUUCCCAAGUUUACCAUCUUCAAGUUCAGAGUUCACAGGACACUUCUGGGUCUGAUUCCUUACGGGGAAUAAAUAGCAGGUGGCUGCUGUGCACGUUCAGAAAAGCUGGUUCAUUUUCAAAGCCAGGGCUGCUCUGCUGCUUCUAGAUUCUUGGAUAAUGUGUCAACGUCAACCUUGCCGUUCUGUCUUCUGGAGCCACCUUCCAGAGGGUCCAUGAUGAAGUCAUGAAGGAUUUGACACCUAGGGCCCAGGGCACAAGGGUGUGCCCACUGAGGCCAUGAGGCAACUCUGGCUAAGUCUGCCCCGAAACAUCCUGCAUGUUUCCUUUCAGUCUACCUUGCCCUCAUUCCCAGCAAGUCUGGGUUAGAGGGUCCGGGGGAAUCUUACAAGCAAGGGCACAGGAGUCCAUCUUCUGUUUUCUUUGAUGAGUGGGGAAGCGAGCUCUUUUGUGAGAUGGCUCUAAGACAAGUUAGGUCAUUUGGAACAGACUCAUCGGUGUUGGUUGGGGACGAGCACAGUCACCCAGCUGUGCUCUCCACUAGGCCUACUAGCUCUGACUAGUGAUCUUCCAGGCGCAUGACACCUGCAGCUCCCAGUUGCCUGCUUCAGACCUGCAACGUCCCCAGGCCCCGUCUUUGGCAUGUCACAGUCUCGGAGCAGCAGGUCCUGUGGAGGCUCUGCAGGCUCCUGUUGGAAAGGGGUCCUGUGCCCUCAGCUGCUUUCCAACUCAUACCUUUUGUAGAAAAGGACUUGGGGGGGGGGGGUUGUUCUUUUUGAGGGUCCUUUUGUUUCUUUUGCUUUUCUUUUGGCCUUCCCUCUGUCUUUCACUUAGACCAGCUAUCUGAAAGGGCAGACGAUGCUAAAAGUGUCCUGUGCAGCUUGUUUAGACGUGAUAUGGGGAACCUCUUACUUCGGAUGGGAAAUGGAAUCGUGAAAUCACCCUCCCUUCCCUCCGGGUCAGUCCCUGUUGUUUCUCCUUUCAAAUAUGUGAUUGUACUAGGUCUUUCCAUAUGAAAGAACUCUCCUUAUUUAAAUAAAAAAAGUCUAAAAAAAAUAAAGCCAAACAUGCUUUCUCA